AACAAUUGUAACUGACAAUUCGUCUGGCCACUGAGGCUGAGGGGUGGAAACCCCAAAAAGCCAAUCUAUGCUAGACCCACAAAUGUAUAAAAGUAAAAGAAUAAACAAAGGGGUGUCUUCUCUCCACCCUUUCAGCUGGAAGCUGGAUCAGAAGAACCUCUGCAGAAAUCUCUUGUCUUCGUGUGAUUUCUUUGUGUUUCACGGUGACAAGACUCCAGUGGAUUCAUACAGAUUUGGGCAAGUUUUGUUGAGGCAUUGUCGCUCAUCUGCGACCUCUUCCCUUCAAAAUGGCUUCUGGACUCCCAAAAACGACUCCAACACCUCGUCUUUUGCUCAGGGAAAGACUGAAAUCUAUUUCCCUGCUUCCCUCUAAGUUCAUGAGGGAGAAGCUUCUCAACACGAAGAAGGCCAGCACUGGGGGGAAUAUUCUGCCCAGAAUUGGCCCAUCUCUAGACAUGUGUGAACCUGGUCAAAAGCUGUCAUCAGUUGCCCCGAAACAGAGCUUGGUUCAGGCUUCCCCACCAGAGAUGGUGUUUCAGAACGUCGCCGCUCAUGAGGUCUCUGAGAUGGUAGUGUCUAUCAUUAACAAGGACAAGGGUUGUCGGGUGGUGAAUAUCUCCAUGAAGAGCUCACCUUAUUUCCAGCUGGACUGCCCCAAUGGUGUGUGCCAUAUCGUGCCAGCAGGCAUGUCCACCCAUGUGCGUGUCCGCUUCACUCCCGACAAGAACAAGGAUUAUUCCCAUGAGCUCGUCUGCAUGAGUCAAAGGGAAAGGAUAGUUGUGCCAAUUCGGGCCAUUGCUGCCCGAGCCAUCCUGGACUUCCCUGACCAGCUGGACUUCUCGGAGUGUCCGGUCAAGUGCAGCACCCAGAAGACUCUGCUGGUUCGCAACGUCGGUAACCGGGCAGCUCGUUACCAGCUGAGCACCCAGAGUCCUUUCUCCGUGGUUCCAGCCACAGGAAGUCUGGGCGUUGGUGGCACCAUGCAGGUGACAGUGGGAUUUCACCCGCUGACGGCUGGUGACCAUUCUGGAUCCCUGGUAGUGUGCUGCACAGGUGAAAAAAGUAUUCACACAAACCUUCAGGGAAAAGCUGAAGAUGUAAACAUUGAGUUGAGCACAAAUUUCGUGAAGGUUGAGAAGACUUUUGUCAACAUGUCAAACCACGCAACCAUGUUCAUCAAAAACAGCAGUAACAUCACAGCCCACUUCCAGUGGAAGGCUUUUCCUACUGAGGAACACGAGAAUGAAGAGAAGAGGAGGCAGUGUUCUUUGCUGCAGUCAUCGGCCAAGGUCUGGCGGGAAGCCUACAAAAAGGACAAGAAAAUGGAGAAGGAGAAGGGGUUUUGUGAAAAUCGCGCCUCCCUCCUGUUCAACAAGUACGAGCAGGACAAGGCAAAGGUGCAAGCAGACCCCAUGCUGUUCUCCAACGAUAUUUUUUUCAUUGAGCCAAUGGAGGGAGAGAUUGGGCCACAUUGUUUGGCCGAAAUCAAGGUGACCUUUAAACCCCUAGAAGCACGAGAGUAUCGAUGUGUGGCUUACUGCAACAUCUCAGGUACAGCUCCUUUCCCCUGCUUCUCUCACCCACAGUGAAGCCAUGGUGCAAGCCUGAGCCCACUGGGCUCCCAUGUAACU